AUUGGAGUAGUUUUUUUUACUACCAGGUUGUUAUAAUCAUAAUAAUACUUACUAUUCACGUGAUUGUCAAAGUAUGUAAUUUUAUGCCGACAGCACCUUUCUACAUUUAUUCCUUAGACGUUUUGCUCUGGAAGUAAUUACCUAACGAUAAUAAAAAUCUUGUCAAAAUGGUGACAGCUCGUGCUUUACAUUAUGUAUUUAAAAUACCAGAUCGUCAAUUAACAGCCAAGUUUUAUCGAGAAAUAUUAGGCAUGAAAGUGCUGAGACAUGAAGAAUUUUCUGAAGGUUGUGACGCAGCUUGUAAUGGGCCAUAUAAUAAUCGCUGGAGCAAGACAAUGAUUGGAUAUGGUCCCGAAGAUACGCAUUUUGUUAUUGAAUUGACCUACAAUUAUGGAAUUAACCAUUAUGAAUUCGGAAAUGAUUUUAGAGGAAUUACUAUUCGAUCAAGUGAAGUAAUUGAACGAGCUAAAAAGAAUAAUUGGCCAAUUGAGAAAGAAAAUGAGCUUUCAGUACUUAAAGCACCUGGUGGAUAUAAGUAUUAUAUUAUUGAUGAGCCCCAAAGUGAUGAUAAAGAUCCUGUUGAAAAAGUUACUUUAUCAAGCUCUAAUCUUCAACGAUCUCUCGCUUAUUGGAAAGAUAUUUUGAGCAUGAAAAUGUAUGGCAAAAGCGAAAAGAGUAUCCUUUUAGGAUAUGGAGAUAAUCAAGCAAAAUUGGAAUUUUAUGAUAUUGGAACUGAAGUGGAUCAUGGAAAAGCUUAUGGCAGAAUAGCAUUUUCAAUUCCACACGCAGAACAACCGUCAAUUCAACAAAAAAUCAAAGAAAGUGGCAAUAAAAUACUUACAGAUUUGAUUACAUUAGAUACACCUGGAAAAGCAUCUGUUCGUGUCAUAAUUUUGGCUGAUCCUGAUGGUCAUGAAAUUUGUUUUGUGGAUGACGAAGGUUUUCGUCAACUUUCUGUUCCUGAUUAUCCAAGUGAAGCUAUUUUAGACAGAUACAUUGCUAAAGAAGCCAAUAUGAAUACCACAAAUGUUUAACUUUCUUUACCUAUGGUAGACAAGAUCAGAAUUAUUGGAGCUUUAAUUGGAUAAUAACUGCUAAGAAUUAUAAAUUAUAUUAAAAAUUAAUAAAUUCAGGUAAAAUGAU